AUGGAUAUCCCAGCUAGGAUCCACCUACCAUUAAGUCCCGAUGUCUCAGAAAUGUCUGUUCCAAGAACUGAAACAAACACUCCUACGCCAAUGUCAGAGUCUACGUUGCCCAAAGAACCAGCCAAAGAAGUUGUAGAAGUCACGGACAAAACAUCGUCUGACAAGAUAGCAUCAGCCGUUACGACAUUCCCAGUCCCGACUGCCCCUGGUGAUGAUGAUGUUGCCAAGGAGCCAUCACCGCGUCCUUUAUCACAACAAUCAGCUCUUCAACCCAAAACAGUCAAACAUAGGAAGCCUAUCACGGCCUAUGUCAAUCUACGAUGGGUGAGAGACGCGAGCGUCCGAGACUACGUGCAUCGGAAGGACCCGGUGAAUUGUGAUCAAUGCAGAUUGGGAAUACAUGGCGAUGAUGUCGCCACAGACGGGAUAGUGCUUCGAUACUCACAGUACCAGAAGGAGGACACUCAGCUCGAUCCCCCCUCGACAAGUGAGCAGAAUAAGCUGACACAUCUCGCCUCACCAGAGUACCUCAAAAUCGACAAACCCCGAAAAUUCUUUACAAAAGGCCGCAUCUUCAAAACCGUGUGGUUCGAGCCCUUCGGCGACUACUCGGCCUCCCUCCGCGCCCGACCCGCCGAGCUCGCCUACCACGAGAGCUGCCCCGAGUACAACAACUUGAACGAAAAGCCCUACGGGCGGUUCCGGUGGUUCGUCGUCAUUCGCAAACAGCUGCACCACUCGCUGUGCUUCGCCAUCGUCAACGGCGGGGCAAAAUCUAUAGCCAAGAACCGAGCGAGAGGCGAGCACUUGGCUGUGCUGUACUCUACCAGCGUGCCGCCACCGGAGCCGGACGCCGAGGAGGGCAUCGUGUUUGGGCCGCUCGCGGUCAUAAUGGAGGAGGGGAAGCAGAAUAUCAGCCCGUUGGCGAGACUGGAUUGUAGUAGGGUGUUUACGGUGGAGGAUGAUUUGAAGGUGAUGAAGAUUGGGAGGGUGCAUCCUGAUUUUCACGAGAAGCUGGAUCAGUACUAUUUCGAGGCGUGUUUUAAAGAGCCGGUGAAGCAGCAAGUGCAGUCGAAUGGGACUUAGAGAUGUCGACUUUGGCUCGUAUAUGGUUGAUCUUUCUUUGGGCUCCUUGGUUAUUUUUCUUCUCUACACUUUCACGGUUAUGUUUUUACAAGGCCCACUCAAGAAUCUCCUUUUCUUUGCAACAGUUACAGUUUGGUUUCUGUUUCGCCACGACUUGGGAUUGCUCUGGGACAUGUGUCAACUUCAGCGGAUGGCGAACAGCUAGCACUGCAUUUCCCCCUCUUGUUGUUUUCUAUGUUGUCCUUUGCGUUAUCUUUUCUUCUUGACUGUUGCAGCUUCACUCUUAUCAAUAGAUCGCGUUUCUUCUUUAGACAUAUCACAUGUCUAGUUAUCACAUCUCCGACCUGUCUCAAUUCAGUGAGGUUGUCACUUUUCUUCCAUA